CUGUGUACAAAGCCUGGCUGACUAAAGAGCAUUAGUAUUCUCCCUGUACAUGUAGUGUGCACACAGCAGCUCCUUUGUGUCUGCUUUCCCCUUACACAUCCCAUGAUUCCCUCCCAGCAUGGUGUGCCCCUCUCCCUCCUUGUAGUAAGCUAUCCUGCUAUGUGUGCCUUGCCCUGCCUCCUCCUCCCCCCCAUGUCUGCUCUGGCUGCCUCUCUCUCUCUGUCCCCCCCUUGCUAGCUGGUUUAUGUGGAUCCCCCCUCCUCUGUCUGCCGGUGCCUAGCAGUAUCCCACUCCCCCCUUCUCCUUUACUCCUAUUAUUUGGGGCUGGGCAUCCCUGCUCUCGGAGCCUCAGGGACAUUAUAGAUUGCACUCAGCUCUGCAUCUCAAGGGGCAGCAGCCGCGGCAGCCCUGCCCGCAUCGCCGACCCCCCCAGCAGGUAAGAGCCGCCGGAUGGAGCCUUGUGCCGCCUGCUGAGCAGUCCCGAGCCGGCGGCUGGAGGAGCAGGAGCUGAGCAUGGCCUCUCCGGCUGGCUCCCCCUCUGCUCCAACGCCGCCAUCUUGCCUGCUCUCCCCAGCUCUGCUUUGUAAACUGCAUCAUGUCGGAGGAGCUCCCAGGCUGCUGCUCCCAGGGCUCUCACAGGGCUCUGGGGGCCACUGCCUGGCUGGGGGGGCCCUGCACACUCACUGCACAUACUGCUUGGAAGCCAGGCACAUGCUACACACUUACUACAUAGUAACAUGGACAGUCUUUACAUGUAGACUUACUACACAAAUCCAGAGACAAAUAGAGCAGUUAUGUGCAUGCUUACAUUCAUGGUAUACAACAAAGGACUACACAAACACAUUGCUGUUCAUGCACAUGUUACAUACUUACUACAUAGUAACAUGAACAGUCUAUACAUGUAGACUUACUACACAGAUACAGGGGGAUACAUAGUGCAGGACGUAAACUACUGUUAAUGUACAUGUUACAUACUUAGUGCAUGCCAAUCCACUUCGGUUGAGGGUACUUGUAUUUAAAGUGCCUUACUACACACACCCAGAGACAAAUAGAGCUGCUGUGCAUGCUUAGAUUCAUGCUAUACAACAAAGGGCACAUUGCUAUUCAUGCACGUUACAUACUUGCUACAUAGUAACACAUGCAAUCAGUGCAUGCAACUUUUACUACACAUUAACAGAUGCACACAGUACAAUGAUUGCAAGUUAUAUUCUUACAGGACAUAAAUAUGUCACAUAAUGACUGCAUUGUAACCUGAGAAAUCAGUGCAUGCAGAUCUACUACACAAUACUAAAACAAUGCAGAUUAAACAUGUUACACUUAUACAACACAGCUAAAAUGGAACAGACUGCUGCAAAUGUACAUGUUACAUACACAGUAACAAAGGCACAGCCUGCAGUCCAUUCACACAAGUCUACUAUCGAAUAAUGGGGAUAUUUAGAGUAAUGAAAAAUGUUUUUAUACUUUCUGAACAGUAGCAAGGGUAUGAACUGUAAUCACUGUAAAUGUUACAUACUAACUACAUUAAGUGGGCAAAUCACUGCACAUAUACCUGCCUCAUAAUAACUGGGGGAUGUAGUUCAAUGACCAUGUGCUGCAAUAACUGUACAUACAAAUUACAUGCUUACUACAUGGUAAAAUUGGCAUAAAUUUCAUUGUAUUACCCUUUAUUAUAUGCUUACAAGAUGUGCACUAAUGCUAAUUUUCUUUACCAAGGAAAAGGGAUCGACUCUACAUAUUGUACACUAACAUGAUUUAGAUUCGCAUUAAUGCACAUAUCACGCUUACUACAGUUACAGGGGCAUAGUCUGUAAUCAGUGCACCUUAUGUGCAUAUUAAACAAAUUCAGGGACAUAGCCUGCAAUCAAUGCGUGCAUUUACUACACAAUUUUAGCAGCAUAUCAUGCAAUCGUAUAUCGUGUUUUGUUAUCAUCUCAUCAACUCUUAUUGCAGGUUAGCCGACCCAUUUUGUCACAGUUACUUUUAUGUCUAAUCUAUCUAUUGUAGAUCACUGUGGUAUAUAUAUUUUUUAUUUUUAUAUAAAUAAAGUUAUUGAGUUAGAUUAAAUGCACACAUACUACACAAAAUAAAAAAUGGACCAAAUGCUAUUACACAGCAACAGUAUCUGAGUAGAAUAUUAAAAUACUUGACUAUAUGUAUGUAGCAACAGUCGAACAUCAAUUUCUACAAUGAUUGCUCCAUAUUUAUCACCUUGCCCCAGAAUUGCUCUUUCUUUAUUCAUGAGUUACAUUAUUGUGCUAAUUUACACAUCUUAACUACAUCAGGAUAUGUAGAGAAAUUACAUCAUUAAAAUGCGUUUGUUAGAAAUUUGCAGAUGCACUGUUUCGAUUUGCUAACACGUAUAAUGUAAUUCAUAAUAUUAUUUUCUCUUUUAUAGUCUUGACUUUUUACGAUGUUUACGCUAUAUAAAUCUGAAUUAAAUAGGACAACAUAUCGAUGUAGCUCAUCUUAUAUAAGAUUUUCUGCAUCUUGUGAUGUGUCUGUUUGUUUUAUACUUUCUGAACAGUAGCAAGGGUAUGAACUGUAAUCACUGUAAAUGUUACAUACUAACUACAUUAAGUGGGCAAAUCACUGCACAUAUACCUGCCUCAUAAUAACUGGGGGAUGUAGUUCAAUGACCAUGUGCUGCAAUAACUGUACAUACAAAUUACAUGCUUACUACAUGGUAAAAUUGGCAUAAAUUUCAUUGUAUUACCCUUUAUUAUAUGCUUACAAGAUGUGCACUAAUGCUAAUUUUCUUUACCAAGGAAAAGGGAUCGACUCUACAUAUUGUACACUAACAUGAUUUAGAUUCGCAUUAAUGCACAUAUCACGCUUACUACAGUUACAGGGGCAUAGUCUGUAAUCAGUGCACCUUAUGUGCAUAUUAAACAAAUUCAGGGACAUAGCCUGCAAUCAAUGCGUGCAUUUACUACACAAUUUUAGCAGCAUAUCAUGCAAUCGUAUAUCGUGUUUUGUUAUCAUCUCAUCAACUCUUAUUGCAGGUUAGCCGACCCAUUUUGUCACAGUUACUUUUAUGUCUAAUCUAUCUAUUGUAGAUCACUGUGGUAUAUAUAUUUUUUAUUUUUAUAUAAAUAAAGUUAUUGAGUUAGAUUAAAUGCACACAUACUACACAAAAUAAAAAAUGGACCAAAUGCUAUUACACAGCAACAGUAUCUGAGUAGAAUAUUAAAAUACUUGACUAUAUGUAUGUAGCAACAGUCGAACAUCAAUUUCUACAAUGAUUGCUCCAUAUUUAUCACCUUGCCCCAGAAUUGCUCUUUCUUUAUUCAUGAGUUACAUUAUUGUGCUAAUUUACACAUCUUAACUACAUCAGGAUAUGUAGAGAAAUUACAUCAUUAAAAUGCGUUUGUUAGAAAUUUGCAGAUGCACUGUUUCGAUUUGCUAACACGUAUAAUGUAAUUCAUAAUAUUAUUUUCUCUUUUAUAGUCUUGACUUUUUACGAUGUUUACGCUAUAUAAAUCUGAAUUAAAUAGGACAACAUAUCGAUGUAGCUCAUCUUAUAUAAGAUUUUCUGCAUCUUGUGAUGUGUCUGUUUGUUCGUAGUCUACUGCAUUGAUUUCGGUUUUCUGAUCUACUCAUUGUUAAUGUUUAAUAUUUGUACAGUGUGUGUUUUCUGUUAAUGUACAGUCAGCUUGUAAAUGCAAAUGCUACUUUUAAAAUAUUGUGAAAUCAAGAAUCUCAGUUCAUUUUAUAUAAAAUUAAUUUUAGUUCAACAUACUUAAUGGUAUGGAUAUUAACUUGUAACACAUUGUAAACCUUUUCAAAACCCAUACAAUAGGAUAUACAUAUGCAGUUACUGCAGUUAUUUUUCCAUCCAUAUGACAUUGACAUUAUUAGUCGAAAUACUUGCAUGAAGAGUUCAGAUUUUUAUAUAUUCUAAUACUCCUAAAGAUAUGCAGGUGAAGGUAUGCAGGUAGAACUGAGAGUUCAUUCUGCUUAACCCUUUAGUAAGUCUUCAACAAUUUAUUUUUUCAACAUUCAAGAGCCAUUCGUGCUUUUUUGUCUUGUUUGUGUGAGAUAUACAUACACACAGAUUACACACACCCACACAUUCAUCAGCUGCUUAACACAGUGUGGGCCUAUUCAUGCAGAACCUGAUGUUUUAGACGAGGAGGAACCAUGAUCUCCAUUUGCACAGUGCAGCCUCUUUCAUUACACUAAAUGAAUGCAGACCACUGUGUGCCUCCCGGCUGCUCUAGCUUGUAACAAAAAUAACUAGAUGUUUUACUUUUUCUUUCUAAAUCUAAAUACAGAUUGGUAGAUUUAAAAAAAAAAAAAAGAAGAAAGGGACACUAAUAUGUAAAAAAAAAUUGGACUUAAAGUAGGGGACACACUGAAGCUUGAGCCACCUAAAGAUUUAUGUACAAUGCACAUUUAAUGUACACAAUUAUGUUGUAAGUUUUCUGUAGAAAUUGUUUUUCUAGUAGUAGGCUAACAUUUUGUUAACCACAAUGUUAUUGAUAAAUGUAAAGAACCCAGAUUCAAAAAAUGUUGUGCUAAAUAAGAAUACUAUAGCACUCAAACAUUGUUUCUAGGCCUUAGAGUUGGUUGUACAGUCCCAUUCUGUUAUUUAUCUGCUUCUCAACUGAUCCAGAUUUAUAUAUAACUGUGUAAAUGCUGCAUUUGUUUGCAAAUCACCCAUCAUGGAAUAUGCAAAGUAGCACGCACAAAAAAAAAGAGAUGGAACAUUUAUGAAUGUUGAUUAAUUACACAAAUAUGAAGGUAAAUUAUUUUCCAUUUCACACAAUGAGAAUUGUGGUUUGCAACUGCAGCAUUUGUAGGACAGUGCCACCUGUUGACAGGAAUUUAGAAAACAUAUGUGAGGUGUCUGUGUACCUAAGGUAUACAGUGUGUGCAGACAAGUCUAUGCCUGGUAUCCUUCUACAUGGAGCUCUGCAUUAAAUAACUUAACUCUUUAAGUUACUUAGAUAUGGUUUGUUGGUGAUGAAGUUCAUUCAUAAAUACCUUAUUUAAUCGAAUCUAAUGCGCUAUUGAAUCUAAUGCACACCUCAAUUUUUGAAGAGGAUACUACUAUACAACAUUGUGCUACAAUAAAAAUGUAGUAACAUUGAUGGUAUUUCAGUUGUAGUGUUACAUGUUAAGUCUAUUCUUUAUUAAGCCCUCUUUCAGGAACGCAAUUUGCCUCUGUGAAUUUGCCUCUGUGAAUCCGCAACUUUGAAUUCACCAGAUUGCAAUUUGCCGGAAAAUUUGGAAUUUUGCCCCUAAUGUAAUGCACCAUCGAAUCUAAUGUGCAUUCGAAUUUUGGAAACUUUUCCCCCCCCCCCAAAAAAGAUGCGCAUUAGAUUCGAGUGAAUACUUUAUUUUAUAUUAGCUUUCAAAGGUCAGCUUUUUUUUGCCUCUGAUAACCUAUAUGUAUUUAUAACACCGUAUUAUGUAUGAAGAAAAUAUUAAAACAUGAGGAAAAAAUGAAAGAAAAAAAAAAUCAAAAUUUUGCUUAUAAUAACUUCAUAACAAAAUAUGCAAGUAUAAUUCAAUACUUAUUAGUAUUGAUUGUUACAUGCAUCAUAUUUCUAGGAUUUUAAUUAUUAGUCUUGAUUGUUAAAUGCAUCAUAUUUCUAGGAUUUUAACAGUUAUAGGACAAGUAUUGCAAGGAUUGAAAUCUGUUUUUAAAAGUAUACCAUUGCACAAUUAGGUAUACUAACACUAUAAUUUAAAAGGGUACCUGUCAUGUAUCAGCUUUGCUAGGAAAUGUAUAGAUUUGGGAAAAAAGUAUGUAUUUCUCUCACCUGUCAGUUAACUCUUCCGCAUAGGCUCUAGGCUAAAGAUUUGUCUGGCAAAAGUGAGCAGAAAUGACCUCCUGCAGGUGGUACUUCUGCUCUCCCAAGCAGAGCAACCACAGCACGUGUUGUGGUUGCUUUGGAAACUCCCUACCAACACUGCUAUCGCUGGUUAGCGAGUAUAGUUCAGAUGUUGGCAUGCGUACAAUGAAGCCUCACAUGGGAGAUUUGUCCCUAGUUAGGGCAAAUCACUGGUGACUGAAGAAGGACGGAGUGGAGUUGGAUGUUACACGAAGAGUAACACCCACAAAGGUCAGAAGAUGGCGGUACUGGAACACAGGUGAAGUGAGUAUAUAUUGAUACUUUACAUCUAAUACAUCAUGUAUUUCUGUGAUACAUGAUGUAUUCUAUGUAUUUGAAGCUGAUUUAAGGUAAGUAAAGUUUUUCAUUACAGGUUCACUUUGAACAGGAAUCACAGAAUCUAAGACCACUAAAUAAAAGUAUAUAUUUGUAGAAAGUAGACCCCUCAGCUCCAGGAUAUGUAAAAUAGUAUUUUUGCACUUUCCAUUUAACAAUUUAUUCACCAACCUUCUUUUCAUUUAAUUGUGCAUGUUUUUCACAUACAGUUUAUUUUCAUAUCCCACUACUAUAAAGACCCCAUAUUUAUAUUCUCCAACUGCCCCAGAAUACUACAACACCCUACAUGCAGUCUCUUGACAGAUUUUGAGAAGUUGUAGGGUCAAAUUGCAAAAAUGUCGUUUUUCAGUUUUCAUAUUUUUACGAUUUGUGAGUGCUCUGUACUGUGUGAUCGCAACAUAAGAAGAAAAUCUCCUCUGAGAAACUCAGCAUGAGAGUGCUUUGUGAAAGGAGCUUGCUAUUGGCUUCUUUCUGUCCAAUCAGCAGGUCCUUCUUCAAAUGACAUCAUCAUGCGGACAGGCAGGCAGGGUUGCGAUAGGGGCUGAGAGUGAGAUGCAAUUAUGGGUCACUGUGUGUUAGCAAGUGUGAUCUGUGAGCGCCGUGCUUGUACGUGUGAGCAGUGUGCACAUAUCAGUGUGAUCUUUUAACAUUUUGCAUCAGUAUUACCUGUGAGUAGUCUGUGUGUGUGUGUGAACUGUUAGUACUGUGUGUUUAUGGAUGUGAUUUGUGAGCACUGUUCUAGUGUGUGCAUGAGUGUGGUCUGUGAGCACUGUUUGUGUAGGUGUGAGCACUGUUUGUGUGAUCUGUGAGUGUUGUGUGUCCGUGCGUGUGUUUGAUCUGUGAGCAAUGUGUUUGUGAUUGUGAUUUGUCUAAGCCCUAAUUUAAACCCAACUUAUCCAUUGCUCUACUCAUCACUCCUUUUGAGUUGUUCUCCCCAUCAUAUUAUUUUCAAUUAAUACUGACUAAAUAGCAACUAACAUGCCAAUCCGUAAGCUUUUGCUCUUCGCAUUUAACAUGGGUUUUACAAGUGAGCUAACAUCACUUUAUCACACCGGGUCUUUUUGCAAUAAUAGUAUAGGAGUGGACUUUUCUCAUAAAGGGCACCUGUCAUACCCCAAACAACUCAUGCUCAUUAUAUUGAGCAUAGGAUUAUAUCUGUACAUUGUGCUAGCGGUUUUGCUAACAAAUGUACAAAUUAGGAGAAAAAACAAUUUAUACAUUUUUUCCCCCCAUCUGUCAGUCAAUGCUUUGGCAUGCUGAGGCAUUGACUGACAAGGGAGAGCAGAAAAGACCUCCCACAGGUGCCUCUCCUCUCCACCUAUAGCAACUGCAACUCAUGCACUUUGGUUGCUAUGGAAACUCCCUAGCCGGCACUUCUAGCUUUGACUUGUGAGUAUAGGAACGGAAUGACGUGACGUCACUUCUUUGACGAUAUUUGUACUGCUUGGGUGGAGCAGAGGAUGGCCCAGAGGUGAAUGUUACAUGAAGCGGUGCUGGAAUGGUAGAACAGUGAGUAAGUCUCUAUAUUUUACAUUGAAAACACCAUGUAUCUUUGUGAUAUAUGGUAUAUGUUAUGGCAGCAGUUUCAGGUAAAUGAAAAUUUCCAUUAACGGUUCACUUUAAAAUCUUACAGUACAAUGGAAUGGUGGAGUCAGUGAUAGACACAGAAGUUGAGGAGACUGCAUUAGUCUUAGAUUAGUCAUAAGAGUAGUCAUAAGAUUGUGAAAGAUGGGUAAGAUUAAAGAAGGAUAAGGGAGUUUGUAGGUUUGCAAAAUUUGUAUUUUAGUUUAUUAUGGAAGUAUGUAUUACAUGUCUGGCUAGGUUGGUUUAUAGGGUAUAUAUAAAAGUGUAGACUGUGGAGGAAACGCUGAUAGACUAUAGCUGUAGCAUGGGCGUGUGCCUGAAAGUUAUGAGAGAAGAAGAGAGAAUAGGUUGUGAGCAGAGCAAAUAAGGCAUAGAGGGGAAUAUUUGGAGACAAAUUGACUUGGUCAGGGCAUUGCAUUUUAUUCUGGAACUUGUGGGUAGUCUGGGGAUGGACUAAAACAACAGAUGAUGAACUUUUAGUGAUUUAAAUGAAUCUAGCACACAUGCUCAUUAUGAAAAAAGGUGAUAUGGGUGGGCAUCAACCUCUUUAGGACUGGGUUGCAGUCUUCUAGAUUUCUUGUUAAAGGAUUAGCAGUUUGGUUUUAUCCACUGUUCCUUUAUGAAAACAUUCCACAGGUGUUCCAUUGGUGAAAGAUCCAGUAUUUCCCUUGUACAUGGAUGAGAAAGACUAGAGUUGAAUAGAAACUCAGGGCAGCUUGUUGGUAUGGUGGCACAACUCUGGCAUUAUUGACUAUGAAUGUUGUUUGGGUAUUGUAUAUGAAAGCAGUGGUGUAUUUUGGAUUUGUGCUGCCCUAGGCACGACUAAAUUCGGGCACCCACAAAAUCUAAAUUUGCCCCCCCAAUUCAUGUCAAGGCCAUUUUUUUGACUGACAGACACAUGCCCUCAUUGAUACAUGCAUUGAUAUACACUCACUGAUAGAUACAGUCAUUGGCACACACUGUUUAACCAACACACACUAUUACUGACAGACACACACUGACACACCCACUCACUGACAGGCACACACUCUCAGAAACACAUAAAAUGACAUACACACACACUGACACACUCACAGGCACACCCAUUCUCACUCACAAACACACACUGACAGCUACACUCACUCACAGUAAGGUGGAAAGCCCCAGAACACGAGGCAAACAAGGCAUUUGUCUGGGAGCUUGAGGUGGCAUUUAUUUGGCGCCCUGAAAGUGCCGCCAUAGGCAAAUGCCUUGUGGUAAAUAUAUCCCUGGAUGAAAGUGAUUGGUAAAAGCUCAGUUUUUGAGAGAUUAAGCUUAAAACAGCAGAAUGUCAAUCAGGAAGGAGAGAAUAUGUACACACUGUACAUUUAGAGAUCAACAAAUGUAAUGAUAGAACAUUGGCUGAAUGCAAAAUUGGUAGACAGGAUGCACUUGUUAAAUGAUCAAACUCUGUUCCUUUUCCAUAUAACAGAAUAUUUCUAAAAACUGACCAUUCAGUUAUCAUUGUGUAUCUGGAAAAGAGAUUCUCUUAACCUCAAUGGAAACCUCCCAACUCUAAAAUAACAUGACAGGAAUUGGCUCUGCUUGUCCAAAAUGAUGAUACUUAUUAAUUCAGAUCUUUCAAUCCCUUUCUGCCUGUUUAGAAAAAAACCUGAAACCCUUUAAAAGUUAUAAUUUACAUUUUACUAAAAUAUAAAUUUAUAGUAGUAAUGUUUUAAUUCUUUACACCCCAAAAUGGGUAGUGCAAAGUAAAAUAAUCAAGUUCUAACAGUAUGGAUUAUAUAUUGUGUGACAAGCAAUAAGAGUGCCCUUUCAACAAACCCUAGUAUUAAAAAAAAAAAAACAACCCAAUAAUUAUAUUCUAGUUUAUUAUUUUACCAUGUUAUUUUGUUCCGCCCAAUUAUUUAAUCCCAGGUAGGAAUUUAUGGGUUUGUUUGAUAGGAAAUUACAAUAAACUAUCCCCUAUAGAUAUCAUAUCUCUGAACUAUUAAAUCUAGGUUUAUUUUAGCCAAAUAUUAUAUUUCAAAUGACUGACAUCAUCAACCUUGCAAUGACCCACGUGAGAAAUUCAGCUCAUCCCUGAAAAUCUCUCUGAUCGGGAAAAAUAAAGCUUUUGCUUAAAAGUUCAAACAUUCAUCUGAAAUACAAAACGAGCUCAUUGCUUCUAAAGAUAUUUUUAUGUUCAGCCCUCUUCUUUAUUAACAACCUUACUUUUUUUCCCCACUAUUUGCCAUCUUAUCUUACAAGCCCAAGCACCUCCUUUAAACGUCUUAUUCAAUAUUCAACCCAGUCACCAUGCCACACUCCAUUAAUCUAACCACUAACAACUUUGUAAUGUUCCUUUAUAAAAAUUUUGAUAAAAGAGGAUAUUUCAUUUCUAUUUUUCGAACUGUUUACUUGUUUUAUUCUCUCUUCUUGCAUAUUUUUUUCAAAUCCAUUUUACAAGCUGCAAUAUUUCUCUUCAUAUAUUUUCACGUGUCUCCUAGAGGACACUGGGUUUCUUCUGCUGUCUUUUACAUAUUUACUGUGGAAAGGAUACUUUUGUUUUUUGUUAUUUGGCCACUAUUACAUUCCUUUCAAUCAUAAAUUGGAAACAUUCUCUGAAUUUUUCUUCUCUUUUUAUGAAAAUCUUAAAAAGUUUACAAAACAUCGAGCCUACCUCACUGAGGUUUUCUUUUCAUUAUCCACACACUGCUUCCUCAGAUCUUUACCCUUUCACCAGAUAUCUUUGGACUUACUCUUUUCUGUUGCCACACCACCUUUCUCCUUGAUUUCAUCCCCUUACAACCUACUUAGCUCAUUUCCUUUGUUUUGGUUUGCAUCCUUAACUAACAUCUCCAAUCAAUCUCUGGUACCUUCAAUCAAAACCUCACAUGAUCCAAUAUCUCUGUCUACCUAUCAACCUACCUACAUCUUCACUACCCCUUGCCUUCUAGAAUGGAUUGUGUACACGCAUCUGAAUUCUUGACUUCAACGCCACUUGAAGUGGACUUGUCAGGAGAGACUCGCUUCAACUUAAUCCACCGAUAGGCAAUAAAUAUAUCAUUUAUCAUAGAGAUAAAUGAUGUAUUCCGUUGUUUUGAUUAAAUACACUACUUUGCUCCAAUGUUGCCAUGACUAAAGCUCUGUUGGUAAUACUAGUGGAGCUCUCAACCUCUCCUAGGUCAUGUGCUAUGAUAGGACCCUGCUUGAGCACCAAGUGCUAUAGUACUAUUGCUUCAUUGCUAAUUCAUCAGUCAUUCAUUCCUAUGCUCCUCUAGUCUGUGCAAGUUGGCUGGCUAGCGGAGUAACCACAGCAUAUGUUGCGUAGUUGUUGUCCUGGAGAGUAGGAGAACUGACUGUAGGACAAUUUCUCUAUCAACCGUCCAUCUAGGCUGUUAGCUUCCUGUACUUCAAUACUUCUUGUCCCUUUUGUUUAAAUUUGUCACUGUUCACCUGUAGGUUUUGUAGGACAUUGAAAUAGUUUCUGUGAAGUAGUAAUGGGCUGCACACACACAAAUAAUUCUUAGGCAGAGGUGAGGGUAUCAUUGUUUACUCCCUUCUUGGCUCCAUUUUAAAUUCUGAUGUUUCCUUUGAGCUCCUGCAUCUUUCAUUUGUGCCUAGCUUUGUUUGCCUUGUUUCUUUCCCUUGUAGAAGAAGUUGAAUAUGUCAAGGCAACUAAUUAUGCAGAGUUUGUAGGUAGCCUAGUUAUUAUUUUGGUAAUGUGCUAUCAUAUUCCACAAUGUUGCAGAUCAAACUAUCAAUUGGUAUAUUCCAAAAUUUUGAAUUGAAUCCUAUAUUGUAUGAUCAAAUGAUUAUGUCUCAGGGAUAAAUUGAAAUGUAGCAAAUGAUCCUUUAUCUAAAUCUUCACUGUCGACACAUUUUUAUGCUGAUGGGAGUAUUUUUUUUUUUUUUUAAUUUCUAUCUUUAGGAAAAGGAAAACUAUAAAGGUCUAAGCUGGCAAAAUUACAUAAAAAGAGGCAGCUGUCCCAGAUUUUCCAACGGAAGUCGCGUAUUGAUACAUCUAACAAGUGCAAAAGCGUAACACCGCAAACUACAAUAAUGAAACAAUUGAAAAGAAAGAGAAAAAGUAAUUUUAGUGUUCAGGAAACACAAACUUUACUCAAGGAGAUUAAAAAAAGAAGAGAUGUAAUUUUUUCCAAGCAGCUUAAUACCACAAUUAAUGAAAUGAAACGCAAAGCUUGGGAGGAAAUAGCAGAAUGUGUGAAUUCACUGGGCGAAGGAGAGCAAAGAACAGGAACGGAGGUGAAGCGAAGAUAUCUUGAUUGGAGGGCUCUUGUUAAAAGGAAACGUCUCAAUUCAGAUGUCAAGCUGGGAAAUUCUGGCUUCCAUUUACCCCUGUCAGACUUGGAUGAUUCUAUAAAUGAUGACAUGGAUGACAAACCAAGUGUAUUAACAAGCGAGUCAAGUUUGGAGUGGAAAAAUGUCUCUGAUGUUAGAGAAGCAAACGAAUCAAUGGCGGAGAUUAAAGUUGAAGAGGAAGAAGAACCCCAGAGUUUUGAAGUAAGAUUGCUAUUUUUGUAUCUACUUAUAAAACACUGAUGUUUAGCAUCAGGUUUUGCUAAAACUAUAAAUCCGUGAAUUAUAUGACGCAUGAAAUAAAACAAGCAAAAAGCAUAUAAGACACUGCAGCACAUGCUUUAGUACGUUUUCUCCAAACCUAAUACCAACAGGGCUGUAUACUGACCAAAUGUUGGGAUUGACCAGAUACAUUUUAGGUAAAAUUAAGAGUGAAGCAAGAGUUUUUUUUUUUUUUUGUUUCUUUUUACACAGUAUUCCUUUACGUUUUAUGCUACACAGGGUUAAUAACUGAACGGGGAGUUCAGUUAUUAACCCUGUGUAGCAUAAAACGUAAAGGAAUACAAUACAAAUGUGUAUUACAAGUUAACAUAUUGAGCGUACACUUACUUUGUUUUCCCACGCCAUACUGCUCUUUCCCACGCCAUACUGCUCUUCCCUGUAGCAGAUACUUUGUAGAUUAUUUUAUUAUGAUUUGUAAUCUUUACUAAUGUGUUCUGCAAAUAUUGUUACUUAUAUCUGAUCUGUAGUGAUGUCCCGAACGGUUCGCCACAAACGGUUCGCCGCGGACUCAUCAUUGAGUAAACUUUGACCCUGUACCUCACAGUCAGCAGACACAUUCCAGCCAAUCAGCAGAAGACCCUCCCAGACCCUCCCACCUCAUGGACAGCUCACUAAGAAUGCAGCUUCAAAAUUGAUGCUGUCCAGGAGGUGGGAGGGUCUGGGAGGGAGGGUCUGCUGCUGAUUGGCUGGAAUGCGUCUGCUGACUGUGAGGUACAGGGUCAAAGUUUACUCAAUGAUGAGUCCGCGGUGAACCGUUCGCGGCGAACCGUUCGGCGAACCGUUCGGGACAUCACUACUGACCUGUAAUUUUACCCAUUAGUGAGGAUUCAAACAAUCAAAUUAACUGCAUCAAGUUUGAUUAUACCCACUUUCCGUAAAUAGGACUCUGAAUGCAGUCUUUUUAACCAUAUUUUAGAAAAACAUAUAUCCAAUACUCUGGCUAGACAAGGCCUUUUUUUUUUGUUAUUUUUAUUUUUAAUAUACCAAAACAGUCUUUAGUUAAUGUAAGGAGUUCCAUCUUGAUACAGAUUCAGUUCGUUUUUCAGUAUGUAAAAAUGCAACCUCUCAAUGUUUCAGAGAAGUAAUUUGCUUACUAAUAUGAGUGGGACGACAGGUACAUGAUCAUGUCAAUUUAAACGGUAACUGUAGUUUACAGAGAGACCUGCUCACUUUAUGAAGCCUUAUGGGGUCUCCUGGCAUGUGACUACUUGACGGGGUCCAUAUUAUCAGCUUCUUUUAAUGUGACCUCAUAAUUUAUGUUAUACACGAGAUAAAAUCAGUGUUUCAUUGAGCGAAGCCAGGUGUCUUGAAUUAGUUUUGAAGAGAAGCGAUUAUUGGGUUUGUCUAAGCAGUUUGUAACUGGAAGAGAUGCUGUGAGAAAAAACAUGGAGAACUAUUGAAAGGUUGCUGUCUAAGUUAUAGAAAUAUUUAUUUACACCGGGGAAUUCUAGAUUGGCCCAUGAGGCUCUGGGGCACGAUUCUAUUCUCCAUUACUGGAGGGUGUGUUAAAGAGCCAGUGAAUACACUUAUUAAGAUAAUUCAAAAUGGUAAUUUGUUGUCCAAAUGAGAGCAUGGCUAUAUAGGAAUUAUUUAUGCUAGGUUUUUAGUUUUGUUUUUCCUUUUUAGAUAUUUUUGAACACAUUUUAAGAUUAUCGACAAGUAUAUGUAGUACAGAAGUAUUAAUGUACUACUAGUUGUACAAAGAACAAUUAUAACAGUUUAAGCAAUUUGCUUAUUCAAAACAUUUCCAAAACAAUUGCAGCAUUCCAGCUAAAGGUACACGCUAGCUUGGGUUUCCUGCACCCUGAACAAGAACUUUGAAGUGAAGUUGAUAGUCAUGCAGAAAGUGUAUCAAUAAUUAAAAAUCCACAUCACACUUGACAGAACAUAAUGGAACCUUUAAUCAAGUGAAACGGUUAGCAUAUCCUAAGGUUGCAACAUUUUUCUCCUACAUAAGCAUGUGUCCUACUUAUGAGGACACCAUAGAGGGUCCCCAAAUGUGCAGGCUCACGGCAUCAUUAAUUGCAUACUUGGUUGGCUGGCAAUGGUGAGUGCAUGAGUAUUGUCGUGUGUUACUUCAUUAGCAGUAUCUUUGCCCAUGUCCUCUUUUGUCCCACAUUUACGUCCCAGUGCUAGGACUUGUUUUGAAACUACAGUAAACAUAGCAGCCAUGAAAAGGGCUUACUAAAUGCUCUGUGAAUGUAAAUUACAUCAUGCUUGUUGUAAAAUAAUAAAAUUUUUAUAGCCGCAGUAUAUUUUUCAGUGCCUUACAUUUAAACAGUGGGGACAUAUAACAGCAAGUAAUUUAUUGACAGACAAAAUGAUGAUGACAGGUAUAAGAAGUGAAGAAAGUCCGGCUCGAGUGAGCCUACUUUGAUUUUAAUGUCCAAGAAGCCGACAUAGGCAAAUCCCCUCAUAUAAACUGCUCCACGUGAUGAUUCCUAGGAAAACCUUCAGCCACUGAAAUUCAGUCCAUGCACUCUUUCUCUGCAAAAGAGACCUAAUGAUUCAGGGAAACAGAGGCUCUUUACCUCUGUGUUCUAUACUUUACCAACUCUGAAUACAUGACAGACUAUGGGGUUUUAAGAUUUAUUUACCAAUACAUAACUACACUAACAAAGGUUAACACUUGAAUUUCCAAUGAUUAAAGUGAAUAUAUAAAUAUAUUAUAAUAAAAACUCUAUCAUUAGAUAAUAAAACUUGGCUCUUUAAAUUAAGCAAUAUUUUUUACCACACUUAAUAUAUAAUAUAAAUAUUUUUUUUACUUCAUCUUAUCUACCUUCUCCCCACUUUUUAUGCAUGUGUAUUAAAAGAUCUUUCUGUGUCCAUCAUGAAAUGUGUUGCUUAGAAUUUAAAACAUUUAGAAUUUAAUUCAUGUUUCUACUUUUUCCAAAGUAUCCAGGAUUUAAAAUAUGAGUUAAUUAUUUUUCUUAUUUCUCAAUACCCUUAAUAACUUAAAUUGUAAAUAAUUUUGUGAGUAAAAUUUGUAGAUAUGACAUUGAACUUAUUUUGGGAAAAAAAGGAAACAGAUGAUAGGCUGGCUUCUUGAAUACUAUAUGCUAAAAAUAAGUUGUAUAUUUAGUAUUAUAUACUAAUUAUAAAUUGUAUCAAGGUUGAAUAAGUUAAUCAAAAUAUAUCCAGUUUGAAAAGUAAUCUCAACGACCGUAUGUGUAUCAACACAUAAAAUAGGUUAAAAAACACAUUAAACAUGGCAAAGUCAAUGAGUAUGGCAUAUCUACCACUCUUUCUUAAAGUUAAAUGAGCAUGCAGCAUUUCAUCUUAAAGGGGCACCAUAAUAAUGUAAUCACUAGAUCAGUAUAGUGGUUGUUUUGUCUAGAUUGUCUGGUUACCAUCCCUUGGUUUAUAUCAUACUAUGUAGAAGUGGGUCCCAGAUUAUCAAUAUUCAUUUUGUUGACCAUGCAAAGUAGAGAUUGGCUGAGAGGAUAUCCAACCUGCAUGGCCAGUUCAAUGCUAUCCAGGGUUGAAAUUUUUUUUGCUGAUCACAUAGAAUUGUUCUGCAUUAUCAAUAAAUCCAAGGAGGAGGUGGUCUCUGGAAGAGCCCUUGGUUUUAUCAAACCCCUCCUAAACAGUUUGACAUAAAAUCUUUGGACAACAACCAGAUACUACAUGAAACAAUUCCACUACACCAAAUUGCAGUAGUUGUAUGAUUACUGUGUCUCUUUAAAAUUAAAAGCUUAUAUGUUGAUGAAUUCCAUUAGCGAUGGCAUUCUGCUCCUUACACAGUAUUGGACUCCAACAAUGGCUGGAAUCUAUUGCAUUCACUUUACAUUUAGCGGUGGAAUUGACCUAUUCAUUAAAUUGUGUUCUAUGAGCUAAUUCUAAUUAUUUAUUUAUUUUUAUUUAUUUUAGAAGAUGCAUACCAUUACAGUUAAGAUUAACAAAAUGUAGCGUUAUUUGAGCAUCAAGUAGGACUAGCUUUAAUUAACCAUAUACCAAAAAUCAUUAUUAGCUUGUAAAUUUAAGUAAUUAUCUCUGAAAACAAAACUACAAACAUUGACCUCUUCUGGCAUUACAGGGUCCUAGUUGGAAAAAGCGAGUGUCACAUCCAUGCUUGGGAAUCCAGCUCAACUCUCGACAAAAUAGAAUUCUGUAUAAUAAGACGCCUAGUGAUGAGCAGGUAUGUGACCCGUAAUGUUGGAGAGAUCAAUGUGCAUCUCAGCCCCACUCCCAAAUUAUUAAACCACAGACCAUACUAUUUAGAUGUCUACCUGUGUCCAAACCUCCAAACCUAUGGGUAUGUUAUAAGAGAAAUAAAAUUGUUGAAAGGAAUAAAAACAGAACUAGGAAACCAGGAAUGUUUUAUGAAACCUUUACUUUUACAAUAUGGAACCAUGAUAAUUUUUGUUUUUAUGCCCCCAAAAGCUUCAGGUUUGGCCUUAUUUUCAUAACUGGGAGAUUUAUUGCCUUGUGUCCACCUGUUUAUUUUUGAGUCUAUAGGUCAGGUUUUUUUUUUUCUCCCCAAAACGUGGGGAUAUAUAACUCUGCCUCUCCACACCCAGUACUCCACCAAAAUGGCAAAUAUCUGCCAAUAUUUUGGACCUGGGGCUACUUAUUUUGAAAGCAAGGGUAACAUGAAAGUUUGCUAUUUUUUCCAGUUCAUUAAAAUGUUAUCGUUACCUGCCCAAACCCAAUUCGAACCUGCUCCCCAUAGCCAUUUUUAUAAAUAGAAGUUUCUAUGUAUCCAUAUUUGUUCACAGUUAUCAAAAAUGUAAAGUCCUUGUAGUUUUUUUCAUAGCGGUUAUGUGUUUUGAAUGUUUUCAUUUUAGAGAGGAUUAUAUAAUAGAUGUACUUAUUUUAAUAGCAUUAUUAGCAGUUAUUCUUUUAAAGGGACACUCCAAGCACCAAAACAGUGUUAACUUAAAGAGUUACUCUUUGUCCGGGUCCGGGUCCAGGUCAGUUUUUUUUUUUUUAAACUUAUAAUGCCCUACUUAAAAUAAAGGAUGAAACUUGUCUGGAAUCCAACACUUGGCGAAGCUCCCAGUACUGCCUUACUCACCAUAGCAGAAGCAUUUGUUUCUACUAUUUGCCCUGAGUUCUGGGGCGCCAGGGAUGUAACGUGUGCUGGGGUUGUAACUAGCCCCGGCACACAAGUGCAAAUAACUCAGUGUGUGCAGCAUCUCAAGCAGAAGUAUUAAUGGUCUGGUUAGAAUUCUUAUCUCCUGCUCUGUAAUUAAACUUUAAUCACACACAGGAGGCUAUUGCAGGCUAUUAACAGAGCAGGGUAUAAACAAUUCUAAAUGAUGCACACUGUGUUUUAGACUUUUUUUUCAGUUAUAGUGUAGGGAGCCUGUGUAAGUAGCAUGUACAAAGCAACUGCAUAGGGCUGCAUAUACAAAGCAACUUAACGCCUACAUAUCAGGGAAGUGAGCAGUGGGACUGCAUUGGCAUGACAUAUACACCAAAACUAGAGUGUUCAGUUUGGUGUUUAGUGUGUCCUAUUACUACUAGGCUGUUUAACUGCUCAAUAUGCUACCUUCACAACUUCACAAAUACCGUAUGUGAUCAUCCAUUGUUCAAUACCUUUAUAAUCAUCAACUGACCUCUUCACCAGUGAUUUGUCUUCUUGAUCUCCUUCCUUCUAAUCUUUGUAUUGGUUUAUAUAGUAUACCUUUUUCUCAACAGUGUACCACCAGCCUAACUUUUACCUGAACUCUACUUAGUCAUUUAGUCAGAAUCCACUUAAUUCUAGUGAUUAUUGUUCAUUUUCAUAAAUAAUUAUCUUAUUAUGUUAAGCUAGCUGAAUUAGGGAAACUUUAUAAGAAAUAUAACAUAAUUCAACAGAUAAGCAAGAUGUUACCAGCAUGGAAUACUAUUUUGUUUUAUUUGAGAUACAGAGAAAUAAUCAUAGUCACUCAAAGCACUAACACAUUGUGUGCAAUAUGUGUACGGGUGGUUAUCCUUUCAUUAAAGGGACACUAUAGGGUCAGGAACACAAACAUGUAUUCCUGACUGUAUAGUGUUAAAACCACCAUCUAGGCCCCCUGACCCCCACUUGCCUCCCUAAAUAUAGUAACAUCUUACUUGUAUUCAAGCCUGAAGCUGCUGCCCUGCCUGUGAACUGCCUCUGCCUGUUGACAUCAUCAGAAGUGAUGGUCUGAGACAAUCACAAGGCUUUCACAUAGGAUUGGCGGAGACUGUCAAGGAGGCAGAUCGGGGGCAGAGCCAGCACAAGUCAAACACAGCCCUGGCCAAUCAGCAUCUCCUCAUAGAGAUUAAUUGAAUCAAUGCAUCUCUAUGAGAAAAGUUCAGUGUCUGUAUGCAGAGGGUGGAGACACUGAAUGACAGUGCUGCUUACUCUACAGCACUGCCCAAGGAAGCAGCUCUAGCAGCCAUCUAGGAGUGGCCAGUGGAGUUAUCACUAGGCUGUAAUGUAAACACUGCAUUUUGCAAAAUACAGUGUUUACUGCAAAAAGCCUGAAGGUAAUGAUUCUACACACCAGAACAAAUACAAUAAGCUGUAGUUGUUUUGGUGACUAUAGUACCCCUUUAAUCUUUGGUAUUUUUUGAUUAUUUCUCCUAUUUACCAACCUGCAGCAUGCUACAGAAAUACUACAUACGAUUUUAGGAUUUAUGUUUUUGGGAGUUGUAUGUCAGUUAUUAGCUCAAAUAGAUAAACUGACUAUUACACUGCAAUGCCUGAAAAUGUUGCUGUUCCAAUAAAACACUGCUCAUAGGACAAGCUCUUAUGGAAACAUAUGUGAUCGGCUGAAUAGAUAACGCGCAAAGAGGGACUUCAAAUACUGGAUAUUGUUUCAAAAUUUGUGCAUGUAUUUGAAAGCAUAAACCAAUAAAUUAAGUCAUAUGUGGCAGCCUGGAGUGUCCUUUUAAAUGAAGAUUUAAAAAAAAAAAUACUUAAGAUACCUUAAGACAAAGUUUAUUAAAUUUACCCAAAAUAAUGCUGGGCACCAAAGAUUUGAACUAGAUUACUACCGGUUAUUAUUGUUUAGUCUGUUUGCUCUGUGGACAUUAAUAUUGCCUUUAUAUAGAGUACAUACAAUAGGAUAAUUCAUUUUGAAAAAUAUACCUUUCAGGUCUCCAUAGUUUCAACCUCAAAUUCUAAAAUGUUUUUGUGUUUGUAUACCUGUUUAAUUGUACGAGUGUGUGUUUAUUGCAUGGGGGUUCUGGAAAUAUUAUAAUAAUUUUUACAUUUGUUGCUCUAGUAUCCAGGGAACCCUCAGUUCACUAUAUUCCCUGAUACACACCACAGAUUUAUGUAUUUGUUAUGAUAUUUUAAGAAAUUUGAAUUACUGCUAAGGCUAGAUAUUCUUCAAUCUUAGAGAAGCCCAUAUAUGUGUCCUGCACUGAGAUUAGGGAUCCUGUAUGUAGAGGUUUAUCGUAUGAUGUGACAUCACCCAGUGGUCAGUAGGUUUUAAGAAUAUGUUCUGGCUGUUGUAAUAACAGGCAAAUCAGUCUACAUUUUGGACGUUUUUUUGAAAUAUAAUUUGUAGCCCACAAAAUAGCUUUCUUACAAACAUCACCAUUCUGUGCUUUUUAUUUUCACAGUUUGAGAUUGAGGAAGAAGAUGAAAUGUUGUCCACUGUUCUGCCUGAUUCCAGGGAGGAGAAUGACCUACCCGAAGAAUUUCCCCGAAUCGAGGAGUUUGGGACCUUAAGCUCCAUAACCCGAAUACCAUACAAAGAUUCUCAUCUGUUGGUGACAUUGGAGAAGCAGAAACUGGAGUUAGAACGGCAACGCCUAAACAUUGAAGCGGAGAGGCUUCAGGUAGAAAAAGAGAGACUGCAAAUAGAGAGAGAGAGGCUCCGGCACUUGGACAUGGAGCACGAGCGACUGCAGCUUGAGAAGGAGAGGUUGCAGAUCGAACGAGAAAAAUUGAGACUGCAGGUUAUGCAUGCUGAAAAGCCAAAUCUAGAGAAUGAUUUUGCCCAGGCAGAAAAGACUGUUUUGCAACCACUGGACAUAGAAGCUGAAAAAUUAAAACUUGAAAGGGAGCAUUUGCAGUUAGAAAAAGAGAGGCUGCAGCUAUUGAAAUUUGAAUCAGAGAAGCUCCACAUAGAAAAGGAGCGUCUGCAAGUUGAAAAAGAGAGGCUUAGGAUUCAAAGAGAGGGGCAUCUGCAGUAAAAGUAGCCCUUUAGUUAAAUUAGUUUCAUAGUACAGCCGUUUUGACAUUGUCUUUGUUGCUUUGUCUGUCUAGAUUUCUGCUUCUGUAGACCAGCAGGGCCUUAGGCUGGGAUGUUGUACUCCUGCUCUUGACCUCAGUGUCAGUGUGCUGCACAAAGUCAAUGUGCCUGCAUAAAUGAAAGUUUGUGAGACUGUUAGUGAAAUUAGACUGUUUUUGCACCUGCAGGUAUUGUGCUAGCAAGACCAAGAUAGUCACCUGUUUAAAGAGGGACAAAUGGCUACAAAUAUUCUAGAAAGCUAUGUUACCACGUCUCCUCCAAUACUCCUCUAUUUUAUCAACUGAAUUGUGAAAUACAUGCCUCAUUUAUUUAUUUUUGGUCUUUAAUUCAAAUAAUUGACUGAGGGAUGAAUAGCCACUGUGUUAUAAGCACAGCUUUUUUUUUUUGCUCUAGUGGAAAUGUCACCUAUUUAAUAAAACCAUUUAGGUGCGUCCGGCAAGCCAGCGUUCGUUCUAAAGCAGCCUUGUUGGAUACAUUAUCAUUUGACUUGCCUACCAAGAGUAUUAGAUCAGGGUGGACAGUCUAGAUUGAGGACCCCUUUUAAGUCUCUAAAAACCGGCAAAUUAGCAUAGUAUUAAGCACAAUCAGGGCUGCUGGAUGGCCAUUACAGAGUAUUUCUUCCAAAGCAAGAAUGCCUCCACAGUGCUCUACAUGUUUGUGGUCCUGCUUGGUUGAUUUGCAAGCUUGCGUCCCAAUCUCGUGCAUCAGCACCCCCCCCCCCCAUUUUGGACACUCCUGUUGGCACACAUUACCAGGGAUGCCAUAUAUUCCAUUCUUUCAACCAUGCCCCUCUUUUACUUUUAUAUUUAUAAGUGUUAAGAGGUAUACAAAAUAAAAAGUCUGCCAGUGUUGUUAAUGUUCCCUCUGUGUUCUUUGGAAUGCUUUAAAAAAAUAGUUUCUUAACUAUUUCAGUGCUUAUCCGUUAAGCAAGAAUGCUUAGAGGGAACUGUGGUGAUAGCUUUAAUUAAAUGCCUCUUGUCACUUUAAUUAUAAAGGGGCACUCUAAGCACCAUAGCCACUGCAGCUUGUUCAAGUGGUUUGUAGGAUACCGUGGAGGCUGUUCCUCAGUUUUGUGUCAAACCGGUGUUUAGAGUGCUUCAAUAAUCUGUGAGAAAAACUGCAAUAUGAAAAACACCACAUUUUUUUCUUUUGUUUUGUGCUUGUUAAAGCAUCUUCAUUUUACAUUCAUAGAAGCAAAAUUUGAUAAUGUAGUAUUUUCAAGUUAAACAUUUCAACUAAAAUUUUAAAAGCGUGCAGGUUUUGGUAGAAAUAUCACUUGAUCCAUCUUGCUAGCAAAAUGUCCUGCAAAAAUGUUGAUCAGAUGAAAAAAAAAAGUUCAUUUUGUAACUGCCAUCAUGAAUGAAAAUACAUUUAAGAUAUAGCAUGGAAUUGUACCCACUAAUCAACAUCUCAAAUACGUUUUAUCUCAAUUGUGUUGUUAUGACAAGCAUUUUCCAUCAACAAGAAGAGUCCAGAUUCCAACGAACUUCAACCAGUCUUCAUGAACUAGUAUCCCCAAAUAAAGGUCUUUACUUUCCUGCCAUAAUGUGACUUCUCUGAAGCAGCAUGUGAAUGCGUUUUACUGAAAUACACACUACAGAUACAUGUGGCUAUUGUCAUUUGUCUAUAUUAGCCUGCAGUCUGCUUCUGGAACAUAUACAGCUGUUGUGUUCACAUCUAUAGUCUAGCAGUAGUGUCCUGUGUUGACCCCCCUCUUAUUGUCUUAGUCUUACCUUGGUAGCUCCUUCCAUUUACUAGAUGACUUUUUAAGGAAUAUUUGGACUGAAUUGUGUCUGUUUCUUUGUUCCUAAAGAGCCAGUGCAGACAGUUUAAAAAUAGCUUCCAAGCCCUAACCUCCUCUGGAGAUGUAGAUGCAAGUUUUUGUGAUAUGGAGGUAUUCCUUUACUCCAAUAUCUCUCUACAUUGGUAGAUAUACAAGCAGGAUGGGGAGGCUGUAGGUGGUGUGUCAGUGACACCAUGCAUGCAACUGAUGACGUGAUUUAGGCAGGCCCACUUGAAAAUGCAGUGUGUUUCUUGUGUUAGAAUACAUGCCAAGCUUACAAUUAUUGUCACACAGUGAUAGUAUAUUUAAGGACACAUUUAAACUGCACCUAUCUGGAACAGAGCUCUGGUGUCCUAAGAAGAGGGACACACAAGAACAAAUUUCAGAUGGCUGGACAGGAGCCGAAAAUUGGGGCUAUGUUACUCUUGUAUCAUUUGGAGCAAGUUCUACUUCAUUUAGAAUGAAGUUGAUUCCUUAUCAGGGUAGGCUUCCCUACUUUUUAGGACCAAACAUUGUUGAAGUUAGUCUGUCCUCAAAUCAUUAAUGCAACAUACCAGUAUCCCAGUAUCAGUGUUUAUACCAAGACAACGCUCAUUUCUCUUUACCCUAGACAGAAGACCGAGUAUCAGGGAAUGAGAAAUUGCCUGAGUAGAGAAAAUGUUCUCACAAUAACAGGGGUCACUUAAAUGUAUGUGGCUAGCUAUAGGAUAGCGUAAGACCAUCUAUGUGCAUUUGGUUACUGAAAUAUUUUCAUAUUUUAGUACUGGUGCCGACGUAUCUCUGUUGGAAGGUAAAUUCAUUGAUGUGUUUUAUCUCGAAAUCUUUUUAUUUGCUUCCAACGCUGCUAUCACUUUAUUGUUUAUAGGUCUGCCUUCUUAAUAUUUGAGUGGGCUCUAAGAUGGCAUCACACAUAUUACAUAUUGACAAAUGACAAAACAAUGACUGAAUCACAUUGAUUUUUUUUUUUACUUGUAAAACUGUGUUUUAUGUGGAACACGGUGCAACUAACAUGUAUGACACAUUUUAAAAUGAUAAAAAUAAAAGUGAAAUAUUAAUUAUGGUUAAUAUGAAAUAUGGCUUAUAGUUAAUAAUAGAGAGAGAAAGAAAAGCUGUGCCUGUCCAAAGACCUUAGAGGUAAAAUGAAAGUAGAAGCUAGGUUAGUCCAUUUCAAACAAUAUAGUAAAAUAUAUUAAUAUGGUAAUUUAGUUUCUUGUAGAAAAUACUUUAAAAAAAUUACAUUAACUUAGAACUAUUGAAUGUGUAUAUUUUUUUUAAACUACACUUUUUUACACACAACUUUAUUUUUCAUUUGUCUGUAAAGAUCCAUUUGUUUUAGAACAUUUUAAAAUCUGUUUUCGCAACAACUGUAAGAACAACUAAGAAACUAGAUUAAAAAUUUACUCCGUGAUAUGUUUAACCAAAUAAACAAACUUUAAGAAGUGCAUUAUUUGUUGGUAAAUUUGAUAUUUUAGCCAAAACAUGCCAUGACGUAUGUUUAUUUUUACUUAAGUAUUAACACAGAAACCGUUAACGGUGCAGUAUUCCACAUGGUAAUAUAUACUUAGUUUACCGGAGAAUGGAAAUUUAAAGUAAAAUCGUGAUUUUGUAAUUACCAUUAGACCUUUCCAAGCUGUGAAUUUUAUUCUCGUGUGUAGAAUUGCAUAAUUACAUGCCGGGAAAUAGAUAAAAAUAAAAAGAAAUAAAUUAAAAAGAGAAAAAAAAAAAGAAAAGGAAAAAAAAAUGGAAAAACAACUAAUAUGGAGUCAUCUAUAGUUGUUGUGUGCACCUUUUCGUUCAGAAAUAGACAUCAUAUGUAAACAUAUGACAUUACUGUACGUGAAUUUCAAGAUAAUUUGACCAGUGACAGUGUGAGUAUAAUAUUUGUACAAUAUCUGUAUAAAUAUAUAUGCCAGUGCAAUUUUCAUUGCUUAAGCUUGCUUUUGUGUGUUGUUUUUUUCUGUUAUUUUUUUCCCCUUUAGAUUGAGAACAGUUCUUCAUACUAAACCAUGUUUAUUUUGAAUAAAGUGAUUUGCAUAUCAAUGCUGUUUGUAUGAAUGUGAAAAAAAGGAUCUUUUCUGUAUGAUUAUUUUGUUUAGUCACCUGUUCAUGUUCUUAAUGUUUGAGGUAUUCUAAUGUCUAGAGCAACUAACUAACAACUAUCAUCAUCAGUGUAUUACUAGACCUUGUAAAUAGAAAUAAAAUUUCAUGUUCAGAAAGACCACGUUUUAAAGUCUUUUUAAAUGUGUUAAUGUGUCAUAAAUAUCCAUUAUUUAUUAGUAAAAUAUGUGC